AAUGUGCAUGAUGAUUACCUUGUGAGUGAAGAAAAAAAUAAUUGGAAAUAAGACAAAAUCAUGGAGUCAAAGACAAGAAGACCACCAAUCUGUCUAAAUUUUGUUUAGGUCCCUCUCCAAACCGUUGUGUACUCAGACCCAUCAACCAACCUCUCUCUCUCUUCCCUGUGUUCUAAGCAAACCCCACAACCAUCAUGAUCAUCAUUCCCACUCUAUGAAGCCUCCUCUAUUUCUCUUUCUUCUCCACCUAUCUCUCAUAUUUUUUACCAUUCUAUAAAGUCUUAACUAAUUCACAUCAAAUCAGUUAGACACAGACACAGACAUUUCAAAAGGAUAUAGAAAUAUCUCCAGAGCCUCUGAGAAUGAGGAAGCCAGAGGCUGCUGGGAAGAAUAACAGUAAUGUUAAGGUUAGGAAGGGAUUAUGGUCACCGGAGGAAGAUGAUAAGCUGAUGAACUAUAUGCUGAAUAAUGGACAGGGUUGCUGGAGUGAUGUAGCGAGAAAUGCUGGCUUGCAAAGAUGUGGGAAGAGCUGCAGACUCCGCUGGAUUAAUUAUUUGAGGCCUGACCUUAAGAGAGGUGCUUUUUCACCUCAGGAGGAAGAGCUCAUUAUUCAUCUCCAUUCCCUUCUUGGGAACAGGUGGUCCCAAAUUGCGGCUCGAUUGCCAGGACGAACCGACAAUGAAAUUAAAAACUUUUGGAAUUCAACAAUAAAGAAACGACUUAAGAACCUAUCAAUGUCAUCAUCACCCAACACAAGUGAUUCUUCCUCAGAACCUAGCAAAGAAGCAACUAUAGGAGGGUUCAUCUCCAUGCAAGAACAAGGUAAUAAUAUGAGUCCCAUGUUCAUGAUGGACCCGUCGUUUUCGUCGUCCUCGUCGGGAUCAUCGGCAUCAUGCAUGCAAACUAUGUUUCUAACUCACAUGAUCGACCCGUUAUUACCUACCACCUUAGAUUACGGUUCGAACGUAUACUUCAAUACUACUUCAGCCCCAUUUCUGACCAACCAAAUAGAAGAGAAUCAUCAUCUUUACGGUAAUAAUAAUCAAGAUAUUCUUGAUGGUGUCAACAUUGAGAUCGAAGAGGAUCAGCUUUAUGUUCCUCCGCUAGAGGAAUAUACGAAAACUACUGGUCGAAACGAUAUCAAUAAUAAUAAUUACCAUUAUUGCAAUAAUGUGAAUAGAAUAAACAAUAAUACGACGGGGAAUACCGCGGUGGUCGCCGGUGGGAACUUUUGGCAGGGAGAAGAGGUUAAAAUGGGAGAGUGGGAUUUGGAGGAGCUGAUGAAAGAUGUUUCUUCAUUUCCAUUUCUUGAUUUUUCAAGUGGUUUUCCUUGAGAAAUUGAAGUUUUAAUCUUCCAAUUUUCGGAUUGAUUAUACAUAUAAUACCUCUUUUUUUUUCUUUUUUCAUAUACAUGACAAAAUUGUGUAGCUACACUUUCUAUCUUUGCCAAGAGAUUAUAUUGUAUAGAUUAGAUGAGGUAAAUAUACAAGAAGUAGCUAGGCUCCAAGGAAUAAAUGUCGUUCCAUUUGUUGGUGACCUAAGAAAGAAAAUAUUGUAUAAGUAUGUGAAUUGUUAUACAUUUAAUUUCUAGUUUAAAACUAUGUAGUGGAAAAUUUGUAUCCAA